GGAUGUGUCUGUGAGAGGAGAAAUAAAAGAGCAGCAGAACAAAAUGACUGUGUUACUGACUGCUUUAAUUAUAGCAGCCCAUAUGGUGGAAAAUAACAAAUAUGGAGAAAGACAGCGGCAACAUUACCCUCCAUCUCUCAGUCUGGAUCCUCAGCUCCUCCCCCUUGCGUGCGGGGCUUCAUUUGAUCAAAUCCUUCAACUUGGACCACUUAGGCUCAGUGCACUUUUUACAACACUGCAUUUGGGCAACGCCACAACUUGCGCAGCAGUUCCUUCUUCCACAGCCGAGCGGCAAUUUACACCCCGAAGAGGCAGAGAAAAGAGUGGGGGGAAAAGGACUUCUUGCAUCCACAGCAUCCUGCUCUGCCGCCAGUAAUGGAGAGGGAGGUCAUAUUUUGCCUAAAGUGGCACAGUGUGCUUUGCUUUUUGCUUUUGAUGAUGGUCUGUUUAUUUCAAGCCGCUAAAGCUGAGAUAACUUGCAGGUCAUGCCAGCCUGGAAAUAAGUGGCGUGCGCAGGAAUUACUGCUGAAAUUUGACACACAUGAAUCCGCAACAGGAUUAAAAGGAGAAGUUUUUGGACAUGAGGACGGGGCAGGGAGAUCCGGGGCUGCAGGUGCCGAAACUCCGCGGCUCCGUUGCGCAGCUGGGUCCGCUGAAUGCGCUCCAGAUCGGGCGGAAUACACUGAGCAGAGGCUGGAACGGAAUACUGACAACCUGGGCGCAAAAGAUGAAAUCGGAGGAGAAGGCGAGUUUGCAAAGAUGAAAGUUUCUCAUGUCAAAAUGAGUGGUCAGGACCAGACUAGUGAUGAUGCAGGUCGUGCCUCUGCCACCCGGUACAGAAGGCGCGCCAGAAGGAACAGUGAUGAUAGUAAAGUCAGAUCCCCCGGUUCAGCUCAGAGUCAAGACCCGGGAGAGAGCAUCAGCUCGGCGGCUGGACGCAGAGUGACGCGCUCUGAAUUGCGUUGGAGCGGAGAAGAGCGGAGAGCCGCCGGCAAGCAGGAGGAGCUAAAACUUAACAGUUCUACAUUCGCCUUGACUGGAGAUUCAUCUCACAACCAGGCUAUGGUGCACUGGUCCGGCCAGAACAGCAGUGUGAUUUUGAUGCUGACCAAAUUAUUCGACUUCAACCUCAACAGUGUGACGGAGAGUUCAUUAUGGAGGUCAACUGACUACGGAGCGACGUACCAGAAGCUGAAUGACAAAGUAGGAGCAAAGACAAUACUCAGUUAUUUGUACGUGAGCCCUAACAACAAGAGAAAGAUCAUGCUGCUAACUGAUCCGGAGGUGGAGAGCAGUCUUCUGAUCAGCUCUGAUGAGGGAGCCACCUAUCAGAAGUACCGGCUGAACUUCUACAUUCUCAGCCUGCUCUUCCACCCUGAGCAGGAGGACUGGAUUCUGGCCUACAGCCACGACCAAAAGCUCUACAGCUCGGUGGAGUUUGGGAGGAGGUGGCAACUGGUGCAUGAAAGAGUGGCUCCCAAUCGUUUCUACUGGUCGAAAAUGGGUUUGGACAAAGAGCCAGGCUUAAUUCACCUGGAAACCAGCAUCUCUGAAGGACAGGCGCUGUAUGUCACCUGCAAGUUGCAGAACUGCACAGAUGCCAACAAGGGCAAACCAUUCCCUGGCUACAUUGACCCCAAUUCUCUGGUGGUGCAAGAUGAGUAUGUGUUUGUCCAGGUGUCAACUGCAGGGAGGCCAAUCUACUACGUGUCUGCUACAAGAGAUGUCUUUACACCAAUGAAGCUGCCAAAGUACACUUUGCCCAAGGACUUGCAUGUGAUCAGUACGGAUGAAAACCGUGUGGUGGCAGCCGUACAGGAAUGGAACCAGAAUGAAACCUAUAACCUGUAUGUGUCAGACACAUCAGGGGUCUACUACACUCUGGCUCUGGAGAACGUUGUCAGCAGCAUGGGCCCAGAGGGCAACGUCAUGGUUGACCUAUAUGAGGUAGCGGGAAUAAAAGGUAUGUUCCUAGCCAACAAAAAGACGGACAACCAAGUGAAGACGCACAUCACCUACAACAGAGGCAGAGACUGGAGGUUACUGCAGGCCCCAAGCAAAGACCUAAGAGGCAACAGCAUUCACUGUGUGCUACCAUACUGUUCAUUACAUCUUCAUCUUCACGUGUCUGCAAAUCCCUACACAUCUGGAAACAUAGCCAGCAGAGACUCAGCUCCAGGGAUCAUUGUCGCAUCAGGCUCCAUUGGCUCUGAGCUGACCACCAGCAAUGUCAGUGUGUAUAUUACCUCGGAUGCAGGCAACACAUGGAGACAGAUCUUCGAUGAGGAGUAUGCAGUGCUGUAUCUCGACCAAGGAGGAGCCUUAGUCGCAAUAAGACACACUCCGCUUCCCAUCCGACACCUGUGGUUGAGCUUUGAUGAAGGACGGCAGUGGAGCAAGUACAGCUUCACCAGCACACCUCUGUUUGUGGAUGGAGUGCUGGGAGAGCCCGGGGAAGAGACUCUCAUCAUGACGAUAUUCGGCCAUGUCAGUCAUCGCUCGGAGUGGCAGCUGGUGAAAAUAGACUUCAGGUCCAUCUUCAACAGGAGGUGCACAGAAGCAGAUUAUCAGACAUGGCACCUACACAACCAGGGUGAACCGUGCCUCAUGGGAGUGAAAAGAAUCUACCGGAAGCUGAAGCCCACAUCAAGGUGCGUUAUGGGAAAGACGUACUCUGUGUCGAUGACAUCGGGUCCCUGCGACUGCACAGAGGCUGACUUUGAAUGUGAUUAUGGCUACGAGAGACGGACCGAUGGCAAGUGCACCCCCGCCUUUUGGUUCCAUCCAUCAGCGAUGUCCAGGAGUUGCACCACAGGGAUGACGUUCCUUAACAGCACUGGAUACAGGAAGGUGGUCUCUAACAACUGUACAGCUGGAGUCAGUGUGGAGUACACAGCCAGGAGGCAGCAGUGUCCCAUCCAAGCACCUAAAGGUCUCCACCUGGUAACCAGUGAGGGCACGCUAACGGCCACACUUGGCUACAAUGUCACUUUCCUAGUUUUCCUGGAGGAGGGCGACGGGGCGAGGACAAGCAUCACACUUGACUUUGGAGACGGCCACGCUCUGACAUAUUCCAAUGUGAGCUCUAUUGAGGAUGGGAUUAAACAUAUCUACAAAGCUGUGGGAAUCUACCGGGUGACUGCCACCGGGGAGAACAGCCUCGGUUCAGAGACUGCUAUACUCUACCUGCAUGUAACAUGUCAGCUGGAGUAUAUCCAUCUCUCAGCUCCCUUUGUGGCGGUGAGGAAUAAGGAAGUGAACCUAACCGCUGUUCUGUGGCCCAGCCAAGUGGGAACGGUCACCUACAUCUGGUGGAUCGGAAAUAACACAGAGCAGCCAGUAAUCACCCUAGAGGGAAGUGUGGCAUGCACGUUCUCCCGGGAAGGCAUCAAUACAGUCACUGUGCAGGUGUCUGCAGGGAAUACUAUUCUGCAGGACAGAAAAACCAUCGCUGUCCAUGAAUAUUUUCGAUCUCAUCUGCUCGCUUUUUCAUCAAAUCUGGACGACCACAAUCCUGAUGUUGCAGAAUGGAGGCUGGAUGUGAGCCGAGUCAUCAGAAACUCUCUGAUACAGGCUACAGGCGUGAGAGAGGAUCAGCUUCUGGUCACCGUCCUCCCAGGUUUACCAACAGCAGCAGAGUUUUUCCUUCUGCCUGACAAACUGUUGACUGAGGGGAAACCAGAGAAGAGCUCUGCUCAUUUAGAUCAGCUCUCUGAGGUUUUGCUCAGCGCCUUGAAUCAAAACCUUGUCCAGUUCACAUUGCGGCCAGGGGUCCAAGUCACCGUCUACGCAGCACACCUAUCAGCAGCGCCCCUAGUGGACACCAGUGAGAACCACAGUGGCUCUGCCAUGCUAAUGCUGCUAUCAGUAGUGGUUGUGGGUUUAGCUGUAUUUGUCAUCUACAAAUUCAAGAGGAAGAUCCCAGGCCUCAACGUCUAUGCGCAGAUGCAGAACGAAAAAGAACAAGAAAUGAUGAGUCCAGCUAAUCCAACAGAGGCCACAGAGUCCUCACAGCAGGACUUGGUGCAUUCUUUGGAGAUUCUGGACACAGAGUUUAACUCACGGCCCAUCGAAGUGAAAUGGUCCGGUCAAGGGGUGAACGAAAACACUAAAGCAAAAUGAGAUGUAUGAAACCUCAUGUACAUGUGAAAUUCUCCACAGAACUCCCCACGUACAUCGUCUGAACUGGACUGGAUUACCACUACAGCUGCGUCAUGGAUAUUUUUUACCAUUUGGGACACAAUGGUUUUGAGCUUUAUACCUGUGCAUGUUGGACCCUGCUGACACAUACUGUGCUCUGUUAAAACCAGAAGAAACUGUGUACAGGUUUUUAAUUUCAUUUUAACAUAUGUCUGAUUAUAUUAAACAUUUUAAAAAUUCCAUCUAUUUAUACAAGUCAGAUACAUAAUCCAGAGGGAACGCCAGCAUGAACUAGAGAGGGGAAAAAAUGUAAUAAGCAACAGUGUUUUGGUUUUGCUUACAUAUCUGAGAUUGGUUUGCUGUUCUAUGAAGCUAACAGCAGUAGUGUAUUAUUUAUUCAUAUGAAUAUACUUUUAUGAAGUAUGUUAUUGAAGUGAAUUACACAUUUAUUUUGUAAAUCAUGAAUGUCUAUGUUAGAAAUUUGUGUAUUUUAAUAACAAAUGUCAUACUAAACAGAAAUGCUGUUAUAAAAUAUGAAUAGGGUACUUUAAAGCUUUUGGUCCAUUGUCUCUUGGAAAGCUGAUUUAUGGCACAAUACACAUUUUCUACUGAAAUAUUUCUUUUUUUCCGAUUUUAAUUUAUUAACAACAGUACAGGGUUUGGUUCUCUGGAUUAAUUUAAAUCUUGCUGUUAAUCUAAUGCUUCUGGUACUAUUUAUGAUACAUACCAGUUUGUAAAAUGUUUUGUGCUUAAAAAUAAGAGACCACUUCAUAGCUAAGGUACUACAAUGCACCUUCUGACUGAAAGUGAUCCCCAAAUAUCACCAGGCAUUACUCAUUUUAGGAAUAGAAGAAGAAUAGAAGAAGAA